UGUGUGUGUGUGUAAGAAAAGGGAGAAAGGAGAAGGAGAGGAGAGCUCUCAGUUGCUUAGAGAAGAAAACUACUGCUCCUAGCUCCAUGAUUAAAAGUUUUCUUCUCUACGCACCUUUCCUUUUAACUGACAGAUUAUCUUCUGAAGUUGUUUUAGGAAAUCUUUUUUUGGCUUUACUUUAUCCUUUUUCCAUGACAGAUAAUGGGAUCAGUACUAAUAUAUGUGAAACAGAAGUUUUCUCCAAGUUCAUCUUACCCCCAAUCCCAAAAGACGUAUACUUGUUAAAAGAAAUUUCCAUUUUUAAAGAAGGACGCACUGACAGAGUUGAGCCAGUAACAGAUGAUAUAAGUGAUACCAUUGAUCUUGCCCAAAAGCACUAAUGGAUGUAUUUAUUACUUGAUACCUUAUCGUUUUCUUCCUUUCAAAAGAUGUUUUGCCACUUAUUGUAUUCCCCUUUAAAAACUGUCCCCUGAAGAAUUUUAAGCCCUUUGCAAGACAAGGUAAUACAGAUGAAAUAGAAACCCAGAUAGACAAUCUCAUUGUUGAGAUCCUGAUAGAAAAAGAAAAAGGUAGCAUCCAUGCACUUUAUUAGACAAUAGCAUGAAGGCCUUCAAGGUGUACUUGCACUUUGUUAGUCUUAAUUCUAAGGUUAACGGUCAAUUGCCUGGCAAACAAGAUAGCCAUUCAGGCUAAAAUCCCAGACCAAAAAAUUCUUAACCUCGGCGGAGGAAAGGGAUUAUUGCCAAUCCACUGCCAGAAAUCAGCGAAGAUUUCAGAAAAAGUAUGAAGGUGUCUCGUCAGAGACACUAUCCCUUAAGAAUACAAUACUACUGGCCGACGCAAUGUAUUCACAUGGAAAAUAAUGAGACCCAAAAACAGACAGAUUGACAGAUGUACGACUAAAAGAUUGCUGACAAACUCAACAAGAAAACUGCAGACAAAGCGACUACUACUCACCAUUAUCAAACAGUUUACUGUUCAUCAUCACGCGUGAAUAGUGCCUAGACAGAUCACGACAGACUGAUACUGCUCACCAGCAGGCGUAAAUAAUACACCGACAGAUUACUGUUUAUCAAUAGUAAUUUUUCCAUGAUUCUACAGGAUUACAUCAAAACUCAAGUUAUCUUUUCCUACUUGAGUUACUUUUCAAGACAGACAUGGUUUAUUUUCUCUAUAAAAAGACAGAUUCACAGGUCUAAGUUUUAGAUCCAAUUACAGAACCCUUUCUCCCUCUCUUAGCCAAGACAGACGCUUGUAAUCUUCUCCCUCCCAGACCUCACGGACAUAGCCUUUUAAUCUUUUAUACUUUCAGACAGACUUCUAUUUGUAAUCCUAUAUUUCAAAGACAGAAGUCUAUUUCAAGCUUUGUAUCAAAGACAGGAGUUUUUCAGUUCAAUGUGGUCUUAGUACUAAGCCUGCUGAAGACUGAGGCCAAGGAUGCCUUAUAUAGAUAGAGGGAGCCUUGGAUCCAUUCAGGAGACUGCUUGAAUCACGGAAGGUGAAAUGCUUUUACUUCCAGUAAAUAGUAGCUUGCUGGUAGCUCUGCUAGUGCGGGUACUGUUCAUGGAAUAGUAACCGGAUUUGCAAAGGUGGUUCUUAAGCUUGUCUGGGCUUCUGGAGCUGUUCUGGAGCGUCCGGGAGCCUAUCUGAAAUGUGUUAAUCAGUAUCAUGGCCAAAUGGGUACCCGUCAUAAGGAUCCCAUGGAGGGUCAUAGUCACAGUUGUACUCAUGAUACUUGGCAUACUUAUCACAAAAGCCACAAUACAGGAUAGGUUCAUAAUCUGCUUGUUGCAGAACUAACUAUUCGGGCUUAAUGUAGUCAAUUCUUUCGGUAUGGAGAGCUUCAGAAUACGGCUUGGUGGUAAACACUGUAAUUCUUCCAGUAUUUCCAACAAAGUGGUAAUUCUGCCAAAGCUCGCUGGUGACAUUUAAAAUCUCAUUGUUGAAGUAUCCUCCCCAGCAACUUGCAAGAGCUUCGGGGUCUUCAUUAUGGAGAUAAGAGUCUCCUUCAUACCAAGGGCCAUUAUGGUUGUACCCGUUGAUGAGUACAAGAUGGUGCGCAGGUUGGACAAUCAUCCAAUUGCUUCUGUCCCAUUGUGGGAGAGUACUCCAGCAUCUGAUGGAGACGAAUGGACUCUUGAUUUUUAAAACAACCUGUCAGACGAUCAGUGGGAACUGGUUGAUCUGUUUUGUUUUACAUCUAUUUUCUGAUAGCACUUCCACUCCCAUAUGUUGCAUUUUUCAUCUACUACUUCAUCUUAGUCAGUGUUUACUGUUCUUUCUUUUAGUGGUAGGUUGAGCCUCCCGUUUAUUCAAACUGUUUAUUAUCUUGAGAUUAUCUGUUUGAGCUAAUCCUUUGCUUCCCAGUUAUCUUCUUCUUCUUGUCUUUGUUUCUUUCCCCACAAUUUGUUGCAGAUGUUAUCCAGUAAGUCUAGGAGUAAGCCCGGUUUUGUGUUCGUCUGCUACCUAGUAAGUCUUAAGUACCGAGGUUGAGUGUGAACCGAGAGUUUCCCCUGUUAGCCGUUAGCCAGGUGGGCGUUGAGGCGUUGUUGAGGGAAAGUAAAGGUUCGUAUACACUUAGUAUUAGGGAAAAGCGGCGGUUAGUAGUAGCAGAAAACACAAAAGGCGUCCGAGCGGUGGUAAGUUGGUAACAUAUUACAGAAGGUGUCCAUACACUCCCUGUUUCAGAUCUAAGGAUAGAUCCAGAAAUUGGAAGAUAAAGGUAGUCUAGGUUGUAAUUGAUUUCUUAGGCUUUUAAUCCAGAAUGAUAAAUAGGAUGUUUAGAAGGAGUGACUCUUCCACUUCCAUUAGAUCUAGCAGUACAAACCCUCCUGAGAUUCCACAAGAAGAUGGAACAAUCAACUCAGAGUCGUACCAGCUUUCAGAUCUAGAUCAGAAGUUAGGAGAUUGGAACAUACCCAAAGUUCCCACAACCCAAGUCUAUAAGUCUUCGUCAUGGUCUUUGAAAAAGUCUUUCAGAACGGACUACCAUGUUAGGACUAUAGAACAAGUUUACAGCAUUAACAAGGAAUAUGAAACAUGUUAUUUGUUGUCCCCUGCAGUCAUGAAAGCUCACAGGGAAAAUGGUCAUAAAUUCCUCCACAUAGGACUUGUCCAAGUUGGAGUAAAACCAUUGAUCAGAGAAGGUUUGAACAACUCGAUCCUUAUGGCACUUAGAGACACCCAUCUUAUUAGAUUUAAUGACAGUCUCCUAGGAACCAUAGAAUCCAGUUUGAGUAACGGUCCAAUUCACUUUGACUGUUUCCCAAACCUCACUGUUGCACUUGACGACCCUCACAUCUUGAAGGUCCUCACCCUCAACAUUAAAACCCAUGGAACCCUUGUGUUACAUGGCACCAAACAGCUUGCUCUUAUAUACAGAGUAUAUUAUAAGUGCAUGAGGACGAACAUGUCCAUCCAGGCAGUUGAUAAGAGAAAGCCAGGUGAAACCACUCUUAUCCAAACCUCAGAUGUUAGAUCCACCGUUCAGGUACCAAGAACUCUGAAAUGGUCUGAAAUAACAUUCCCAGCACAAUGGACUCUAGAGAAUGAAAAUUAUCCUCUACAGAUCCAGAAUCCUGUUAGGAACCCAGAUCUAGAUUAUGUCCAGCAGUUAGCCGAUGGAACGGUUAGACUUAGCUUUGACCAAUCUAGGUUUAGAUCACCUUUAGAGUAUAAUGAACCCAGGCCCAGAUCCUCAUUAGAUCUGCACCAGGAAACAUACCAAGAACCAAGGUCUAGAUUAAUAGAUCUAUGCCAACCCUUUAGGCAGCCAACUAUCCUCUUGAAAGAUAGACCUGCAUCUCAGUGUAGUUCGUCUAGAACACGAGCUCCCUUUCCAACAUCUAGAAGAGACUUAAGUCCACAGUUUCAAGGUGUUAAAGACCACUCCCAGGUUAGUACUCCUUGUUACACAGCCAAACAAGACUCAGUUGCUGAUCAAGAAGAAGACAGCAACAGUCAAGACAGUCUUAAGCCUCCCUCACCAUCAGGAUCUGAUUUUAAAAAUCCUAUUCAGCAGGAAACUGAAUAUGACCAUCAACUCCUAAUGUUGACAAAAGAGUUCAUCCCUGAUAUGAACGCUCUUGAAAAGGAAUUUAAUUCUGAAAAGAACAGAGUUAAAAGAGAAGCCUAUAGAGCCAACCAUACCAAGGAACAAAAGGUUGAAGUUUUGGAGAAAUGGAAGUUAUUCAUGAAAAAGGUACAAGCUAAUUAUCCUUUCUUUGAAUACUUUGAGAAAUAUUUCAAAUGGCAUAAAAAGAACUGUGUCAUUCCCAAAACCAAACUUCCUGCAAAAACCCUUCCACCAACAAAGGCUAGACAUUCAACACAGAAAGAAGAGGAACCAGUCUCUCCUUCACCUGAACUAAAUGUCUUAGAAGCCCACAUAUCUUCUAGCAGUUCUAAUGAACCCUCCUCAGAAAAGGAGAAAGAACCACUAGAUGACCAACUUGGUGAUACACCCUCACUUCCUCCUAAAAAAUGGAUAUCCAAAUUUAGAGGAAACCCAGCCUUUAAGGAUUUCCACAGGAAGAAGAUAGUUUCCAAAGAAUAUAGAAGACAGAAGUUCAAAAACAAUGACUUCUAUAAGAAAGGAAACCCCAACCCCUUAGUACCCUUUUCCAGUUCACCUAAGGUUUCACCUGUGUCACCAUCCGUUGUUGCCAAUCGUUAUUUGGUCUCCACAAUCCCGAAACCAAAUUACCAUAGGCCCCAAGGACAACACAGUUAUAGUUCUGCUCUAGCCACAUUGCCUUCCAAAGCAACUUCUCCAUAUACAGUUGAAGAACCCUUUGGCCCGAUUGUGCCUAAGCAACCCUCUUUCACUCUCCCUCCUAGAACAGGAAGAGCCUCUUACAUCAAGAAACCUUUUGUUCAGCAUAUCUCUUAUGUUGAGCCACACUUAGCUCACAUAACGGAUCCGCUAGCAUUAGCAACGGAAGUAUUGCCCCAUGAAUGACAUUUCCUUCCCAAAAGCCCAGAGAAAAACAUCAAAUUCUAUAAAGGCAUUCUCAUCCAAGAAAAGUCUGCCAGAAUAGAAGAUAUCAGAGAUAGGAAUAAUCCCUCAAUUGUCCUAUACCAUAAAUUCAUAAUUCAGAGUUUUGUAAGCUGCAAAGAUUGGGGACACCCCUCCACUCUCAGGAAACUUACAGUACUCAAGGGCUCAGAACCCCUGUAUAAUUAUUAUGACUAUAUGGAUGCUUUUGAAAAGGUAUUAUUCUUCCAGAAUGAGAACUAUGAUCACUCAUGGUUCAUUCAGAUUGACAGGAAUUUCAAAGGACAGAUACCUUCGUGGUUCCUCAAGUGGUGGGAAAUGUUUGGUCCAACUCCACAGAACUUCCCAGAACCUCUACAGGAUGCACUAAGAUAUUUCGGUUCCAGAUUCCAGACAGAUAAGCAUUCUUCACAGUUUCCAGCUAUCUUGCAUAUGAUAGUUCAAUACAAGAUCCACUGGAUUAGCAUGUGGAAUUAUGCAAUCAAUCAGAACUUGCUCGAUAGGGAAUUCUUUACAAAAUGGUGGGAUAAAUUCAGACCAACUGAUGCUAUCUCCAAAUUAUAUAAAGACUUUCCUCUUCCAAUACAGAAACCUAUAGGUCAUUGCACAAGAUCACAGUCAAGCCUAGAUUCCGUUCAGAUCUCCGGAAAAUCUAGUAAAGAACUCAAGGAUCUUGCCUAACAGCUACUCCUGCAGUCUGCACAACUAGAGUCAGCAGAAAAGAACUCUCCUGCCUCUUCAGAAGUCUCGUGCAACCGUGUCCCAAUUGACCCAUUCCAGGAUUCUCAAGAUCCUUACGAUGGUUAUAAUUUGGACAGCGAUUAGAGCAAUUUCAGAACGGUUCCCGGAUGCUCCAGAACAGCUCCAGAAGCCUAGAAAAGCUCAAGAACCACCUUUGCAAAUCCGGUUACUAUUCAGAAUAGUACCCGCACUAGCAGAGUUGCCAGCAGAGCACUAUUCACUGCACAGUCCAGAACACUAUGCAGAGUUACUAUUCCAGAAAAGUAAGGGUACAAAACACUGUUCAUAAACAGUGACCAGUUACUGUUCACUCUACAGUACCCCAGCAGAAUCAUUAAGGUUACUAUUGCUU